AUGUCUGCGAGGCUAUUGUCGAUGCGCUCUCUCGUGUUGGCAUUCGCAUUGCUUUGCAUUGUGUCUGCGAGGGGUGAUGCGGUGCGUAAUUUCUCCAUCAGCGAAGACGGGUCAACAUUUCUCCGUGACGGCACACCGUUUCAGGUGAUCGGUGGUGGGUUCCACUAUUUCCGUGCUCUUGCCGCGGAGUGGCCACAGCGGUUUGACACCAUUGCUGCAUCUGGCGUGAAUACUGUCGAGACGUACGUGGCGUGGAACUUUCACUGCCCAGAUGACCCGGACUCCUGUGAUUUU